AUGUCCCAUCAUCAUCAUCAUCACAAUCAUAUCCAUGAUGACCAUGAUGAUCAUCAUGACCAUCAUGAGCACCAUGAGCACGACCAUUCCUCCGACAUCACGCCCGCACUACAAUCGAACCUCUACCAGCAAAUCGACUUUGAUCACAUUAUCACCUUCAACGAGGCAGAGUCCGAAUCCGGCGCGGCGAUUGUGAGAAAGACAUGGGCGCAGCGGUUGGAUGACAAACCGGAGCUGGAGAGUGACGUCGAUGAGCAAUUGCUCAUGUAUAUCCCCUUCACCGGCCAAACAAAACUGCACUCCCUCCUCCUCUACUCCCCCCCAAUCCCCUCCGCCCCCAGAACCCUCAAACUCUUCCGCAACCGCCACGACCUCGACUUCUCCACCGCCGCGGACCUAACCCCCACACAGACCCUCUCCGUCCCCCAAACGCUCACCGGCCCGGACUCAGACGUCCUUGAGAUCCCCCUUAACAGAGCGCAGUUCAACAAUACGACGUCCAUCACGCUUUUUUUUGAGGAUAACUGGAGUCAGGGAGAGGAGGAGGUGACUCGGGUUUCGUACGUGGGGUUUAAGGGGCAGCAUAUGGCGCUGAAUAGGGAGCCUGUUACGUUUUUGUAUGAGGCUGCGGCGAAUCCGAGGGAUCAUGUUGCUAUCCAGGGGGUGCAGGGAGUUGGGAGGACAAUUGGGCCCGGGAAAUGA